GGGACUGGGAGGGGGCCCCUAGAGGGACUGGGAGUGGGCCACGGUAGGCUCUUGUACAUACGUCAUCAUGUCGUAACUCGUCAUCACCAAGCGUCCGCUGCAUGGACCAUAAUAAAGUCCGCCCCCAGUCAGAGUUUUAACAACAAUGAACGACAACACUGAGAACACAGUUCACACUUUGCUGAGUUUGUUGCUCAUUUGGAGCCGAGUCAAAUUUUGGCUAGUAAGUACGGACAGUACGGGUAUUGGAACACGGCAGUUGUCUACAUUAGCCUCUUUUAACCCUUACAAACAACAAAACUUUACAUUAUAUUGCACGCACAGCAAGACCAUGCAAUGUAUACAUUGAUGUCCGGAAUAAAGUAGCAAUGUAAUCCAAUGUGCAAGGUCAUUUAAUCGACAAUAAAAUUACCAAAAAUAAAAAAUCUCUUCACGGGCGCAGCCAUUUUGUUGAGAUCGUCAUCACUGCUCUCGGUCUACUACUUCUUCCGAAAGAUUAAGACAAAAAGGGGGCGUGCCUCCGAGAAAUGCCGCAACAAAGCUGGGAGAUCUUCGACUUUCGACAUGGAAGUCUGGCGUCCGAGGAUUGAACACGCCACAAGUAGAGCGGGUCGCUCCCAGUGUUGCCAGAUUGGGCCAGAUUCCUGGCUGCAGUGCGUUGCCAGAUUGGGCAGUAAAUCUGGCUAAAUCUGGCAACACUGAAGGGAGCAGUUUAUGUGUAACAGCUGGACCAGCCAGUGGCUACCCGGCAUCGGGCGAAGAGACACCAGUUGAUUCGAUGUUAUGUUACCCAGAGAUGCCCGAUUAGAAAUAACAGGCGGUGCGUAAUCGGGGCCUUCGGAGAAAGAAGACAGCUGGGCAGAGGAGCACCAUCCCGGCUCUACCUUCCGGACCGAGGGGUCUCCGCAUGAAGCUCCGACCCGGGGGAAUGAGGGGUGUUCUGUCGGCGGCGGAGAUGACGCUGGUGCUGAACGCCGCGGUCGGCUGCGUCAGCCCCACGAAGAUCUCCCCGGACCGGAGCGUCCUGCAGUGCGAGGGGCUCAACAACCAGAGCUACGUGUGUACGGCGGGACACUGCUGCGCAGAGGACACGUGCUGCAGCUACUACUACGAGCUCUGGUGGUUCUGGCUGGUCUGGGCCAUCAUCCUCCUCCUCUGCUGCUGCUGCGUCUGCCACCACCGCCGCACCAAGCACCGGCUGCAGCAGCAGCAGCGGCAGCACGAGAUCAACCUCAUCGCCUACCGAGAGGCGCACAACUACACCGCUGUGCCCUUCUACUUCAAUCAGGACUUGGGUCAUCAAGAUAAGCAAUAG